UAAUCGGAUUCGAAACUACAUUAACUACGGUAGUUACUAAUCCGGAUUAACGUUGCCGUGUAAACGUAGUUUCUAAUCGUUAUUCUGCGUGUGACAAGAGCCGUAGAUAGUCGCACACGUGUAAUAACGACUUAAUACCCUUUCCUUUCACGUUACGUUGGUCGCGUGGUACGCUCCUUCAGGGUCAUAGCUGCUGGUGCAGGAUUUUACGCAUUUGUAUUAUCAAAGAAUGACAUUCAUUCUAAGAGAUAUGAGAUUAUGAAAUCCAGACAACGUAUAAAAGAAUCAAAUAUUGUAGAUUAAUUAAUUAUUAAGAAAUAAAAAAUUCACAGAAGAAAGAUAUAAUCAAAGCACAAUAUUAAAAAAAAUGGCAACAUUACCACAACUGGAUGAAGAUAAACUUAAGUUAGUACAAGAUUUGGAAAUAGAAAUGAUGCAAGACAUGUAUAAUCGUAUGACAUCUGCAUGUCACAGAAAGUGCAUAACUCCAAAGUAUACCGAACCUGAAUUAGGCAAAGGGGAGUCAAUAUGUCUGGACCGUUGUAUUGCUAAGUACUUAGAUGUUCAUGAACGUAUCGGCAAGAAACUUACACAGUUUUCUAUGCAAGAAGCAAAAUUACAAGAGCAGCCAAAGACAAGUUAAGUUAAUCAUCUCUAGUUGCAACUGAAGGAGGUUUUUUGUAACCUCUUUUGCCAAAGCCAAUGUGUGUUGACCGCCGCCAGUGACACGUACCACGGUCUUGCCAUCCAAUUGUCUUCCUUUAACUAAUAUCGGUUCUUCAACGUCAACUUCCUCCCCUGUGCCAAGUUGUCCACUGGUGCCCAUACCCCACGAGUAUAGUUCACCUAAUAAAACCAUUUAUAUAUAUA